GAUCAUUACCUCAAUACCGACCUCUCAUCUACCUGCGGGGAAAGAUCGCGGAGAUCUAUUUAAAAAUCGAUCGCCAUCAAUUGUUUACAAUCGUCAACCGAUCGAUCGAUCACCGCUAAUAGGUGUCGUGGUGGGAUGCCGGGACGGUGACAAUCGAUCUCGAUCAACGAAGGUACCGAUCAGCGAUCGUCGCGCAGUGAUUGAGAUGAUUCGCACUUCGCGUUGUCGCGACAAUUAGUGCAUUAUCGAAUUAGUCGAGCAUCGCCAUUACGAUCGCGCAGUACGCGAGAAGCGCGUGAAGAAAUACUCCUCGCCCCCACUCGAUCUUGUUCCGAAAUCUGUUCUUCUGGAGUGUAGCCCCCUGGGUGGCGGUGUCCGUAAGGGGGAUAGUAUGGCCGUGACAGUUUGACAGAGGAGGAAGUUGCUCAUCAAUUAGAUCGCCGUAGCCCCGCUAGAGUGCCGAUAGUAGUGAUUGUGUAAUCGCUCGCUCGUUGACCGCGAUUGUUGCGUAAUUGGCAGAAGAAAAAGGGAAGUGAAAAUUGCGUUUUUUCUCGUGCGCUCGCGUUCGCGUGUGUGUCGCGCUAAGCGUUUAGCAGUGGCCCGGCCCGGUUGUCUUGUGAUCCGUGUAUGUCCCUUUAAUCGAUCGCCAUGGGUGGUAUGCUCUCGGUGCUGGUGGCCAGCGUUGGCGCGAUGGAUCUCAUCUACUGCCUGGCGUACGUUUCCUCCAAUCAGCCGGCCAUAACGGACGGUGGCGAUGGUGGUGAGAAGGAUGCAGACAGCCCGCAGCAACAGGACAACGCCGGAGCGAAGGAUGAUGAUGGUGGUCUCGCGCGAUACCGGAAAUCGGUACAGGAACAGCUCGAUACAGCACGGCGCAGUGAUGAGGCCAUUGGUGUGACGUACGCACAAGAUGGCGUCCCUUAUCGGGACGGUUAUCGAGUGGAACACUUCGACGAACAGCGACUCGAUGCACUCGGUGUCAAAAUCCGCGACCUAGAGCGCCGUAGCCAGGAGAAGGAACAACGUUUGGAACAGUUGAACGUUCAGCUCCACGAACUAGAACGGAAAUCGGUCGAACGGGAACAGCUACUGAUUGCGGAAGUACAGCGAUCACGCUCGGUGAGCCGUGCCACAACACCGGAACCAACCGGAUCAUCCGUCGAUCGGCUUUCGAUUGAACUGGCUCGUGAUUCCGGCACACCGGUACCAUCGAUCGUGCUCGGUGAUGGUGCGGAUACGCGUGCAAGCAGCGGCAGUAGCAGCAGCAGCAGCGAUGAGCGACGCCGCGCAAGCGGUGGAUCGAUCAAGUUCCGACCGAUCCGACGUGAUGAUGAGCUGCGCCGAUCGGUUAAGCGACGCUCGGUAGCCUCGAACGCAUCGCAGGAUGAUCGUGCCGAGGAGCUGCUGCUGCUUAGCCAGCUGGAGGCCGAUGAGGCGGCCCAGAUGCAGGACUACGUGCCUCUGGUGUACGCACGCGACGACGAACAGCAGCAGCAGCACCACCACCAUCAACAUCUGGGGGAUCCGUUCGGUCGGCGUCAUAAGAUCAGUCCAAUCCAGGAGCUGUGCCAGAUGCACGAAGAGGAAGACCAGCACCAGCAUGAGCACGAGCACGAGCAUGAGCCGGAGCAGUGGCUGCCAGAGCGUUCGCCGGAACCGACACUGGCCGGCACCAUAACGCGCCCCUGGGGUGACAUCAAACCGGGCGAAUCGAAGGAGAAAGCCACAAUCCGUCGAUCGGCACGAUCGCUCUCGAUCGAGGAGGAAGAACCGGCCCGGUUAAGCGACGUUGAGGUGGACACGGAACCGGUCGCAGUCCAGCGAAGCGCACCGCGCCACACGUCCGAAGUGAUCGCGGACAGUGCCAUCGAGCAGCCGACACUGCGGCGCACGACCAAGGAAAGCGAUCUGGCCAGUCUGUUGGCCGUGGGCGGCGAGGGAGCGGGCAGUAAGGCAAGUACGACAUCCGGCUGCACCACCACUGGCGGCGGCAGUGCCCGUAAUGAUACUAAUACCUGGACCACCGAAAUCACCAUCCAAACCGAGGAGUCCGAAGACUCCGAGGAACUCUUCCUUCUCCCCGAUACCCGUACCACCCACUUCAUGCAGUCCAAGUCUCCCUCGCCGUACGUGGAAGAACAGGACGAGCUGGAGAUGGAAGCACUUGAGCAGCAGCAGCAUCAACAGCACCGUGAUCACCACCACCACGAUCACCAUUCAGUGGCGUGCGAUCGUGACAAGACAGUCGAUCGGCGUCUCACAGACAUUUCCAAUCGGUUGGUUCCCCUCGUACCCCGGUCCGACCUUCAUCUUCCUUCUCCCUCGAUCCCUGUUGAUCGGCCACGUUCACCUACACCGUACGAUCAGGCCGAUCAGGCGGCCAACUUCCGCUCUCGAUCAUCGUCCUCCACCUCGUCCUCGUCGGCCGUUUCCCAACUCAUCACACAUGAACGCCGUUCUCGGUCCCGAUCCGUCCUCUCAAAUGGUUCCGUUUCGCACCACGAGGAUCCAAACGUCAUCCCGUACCAUCGUUUACCAUCGUCAUCGCCACUGUUGGUGCUGGAGCAGCCACCGGAGGAUGUUAUCGCUCCCACGAUCACGCGAUCCGAACCGAACGAUACCGGUAUCGAGGGUGAUACGGAGUGCGAUGACGAUACGGAACGAUCAACCGGCCAGCCGGCAGCUUCCCGUUCCCGUUCACCGCGGCUACUGCAUCCCUCGCGGCGAACCCCGGCCAGCGGUAGCUGCAGCCCGUCGCCACAGAAUGGUUCACCGUCGCCGUCGUCCCCGUCGUCGCCGAGGCGCAAGCACAAGGAACGGAAGCGCUUCACCCGUAGCCUCACUCCGAUCGAGUUCGAUCAAACGUUUAUGGAUAGCUUCACCGAGCAGCGGCUGUCGGUGUCACCGGCCGAGCUCGAGGACUACAUCAACAGCAUGGAGGAGAUCAGCUUCGUGCCACCGAAGCUGGAGCGUCCGGCUUACCUCUAUCCGUCGAUCAAAUCACCGGAUUCGAUUCCGAGUCUGGUGCUGACCGACGAGAAGGGUGACGAUGCGCUGUUCCACGAUGAACUUUCGACGAUGGCGUUCUAUGGAGAGCAAGGAAUGGCCGGGGAAGGCCGCAGAACACCGAACCAUCGUGUGAACUACGUCGAGUGGAUCCGGAAGUUCCCGGAAAAUCAAACAAGCCACCUCUCGCUCGAUGAUUACGAUAGUGAUGAUGAGGAGGUGGAAGCAAUCAUCCGUUUGGCGUCGACGAUGGCAGAGGAGAAGCAGGAACCGGUGGAUCAGUCGGUGUUUCCUGUUGGAUUGGCUGGUUCCACGGGUGUGUCACCAGCGCAACCACUGGCGAUCAUUGUGCCCAUUGUCACUCCGGAACCACCGCCAGCGAUUGAACAGCGAACGGAGUUUCCCUUGAAUGUUCCAGCGCUCUACGCAACACCAUCACCGACAGGCUCCGGGCCAUUAACGGAUCUUUCGGACCUUUCCUCGAAUGUUUCUCCUCUGUCCCUUCCUACACCACCCCCGGCAAUACCAACAGUAAACGGUAGUCACUUUACACCGAUACCCUCACCGAUAACACUGUCCGUCGAUCGUGGUGGUAAUGAUGAUGAUGCUCCUGAUCUUGCUGCUGGUGUGGCUGCCAGUAGCCCCAGUCGAUCGCCUGUCUCGCCAUUACGAGUGAACCUUGGCGUUCCUUCGCCGGUACGCAUGAUGUCCCGUUCACCGACCGGCUCUCCUCUACCGGCGGACAUUACACCCGAAGAGCUGGAACUGUUUGAUAUUGGCCAUCUCGAUGGUUUGAUCUUCGAGGCGAAAAGCCGGGAACCAUCGCCAGCGCCAGCGAUGCCGGCACGUAAUCCACUGUUGAGUCCGGACGAGCUGGCGUUCGAUAUUGGCAACAUGGGCGGUCUGAUCCUGGGGCCUCCCAGUCGCGGCAGCUCACCGCUUCCACCACCAUCACCAACACCACCAUCAUCGCUGGAUGCACACGAACACGACAUUGCUAGGCCGGGCAUACCGGACAACGAACACCACCGGGAGUAACACAAUCCUCCUCGCCGGAGAUCCCGAACUCCCGUUUUUUUUUAUUGUUUAUUUAUUUUUCUGCGGAAAAAACUGUGAUUUGGAAUGCGAAAUAAACGCCAUUUUAUGAGGCCAAAUACACAAACAGAACCGAAUACUUAACCCAAGCUACAAUUUCAGCAAUCCUGGGGUGCAAAUGCCUGCCUGGUUUAGUUCCCUUCCUUGUCUCAGAGUCCGUAGUCCGUGUUGGGGUUUGCCGCUGACAAUUUAAUUAGUGGACCAGCGGCGCGAUUAGCAGCCAGCACCAUCCGACAGUAGAGGGGCUUGCUGACACUCUGGGCUGGCAGCCAAACUGCCAAACCAAGCCAAGCAAGCAAGCGAGCGUCUUUAACGCUUCAUCGGUAAAGCAGAUCAAGCGCGCACAAUCCGCAAAUAGACCCCCCCGGGCUUGGCAUUGGAAUUGAGUCGCGGUGCGCUUUGGCACAAUAAUGGUGGUGUCGCUGGUCUUUUAAGUAGUCGCGGGUAUCAUUCAGAGAUCACGCAGCAUGAAAUGGGCAAGUGAUUUAUGCCGGAUUGUUCGUGCGCCGCGGGAUCGUUUCAUGUUUUGCUUUCCGCGAUGAAAAGUGACGAUUAGCGAGGGAGUACUUCCUGUACUGGCACUUUGUUUGGGGUCCAAUGUGAAGAGAAGGCUCCUCAAAGUACUCACAGUUAGUUGAUGUUGCACUCGGGUUGUUGUUUGAUUGAUUGCUGCUUCAAUUCCUUGAAUGAACUCAAUGUGUCACUCUUUAGUCAUAAGAUGUGGGAUGGUUGUGCCAAACGAGAUAAUUAUCUUCUUCUUUUCACUUACUCUCUCUGUUUUGUUGAUGGUGAUCUAUUACUUAUAGAUAUUCUCGAACGAAAAAUA